AAACCACUAUCAAACCUCAAGCUAAAUAUUUAGCUGCUGAAUACUAUCUUCAUAGAGAAAAAGAUGAAAAAAAGCUUUUGAGUAUGCAAAAAAAACUUGCCAAUAAAAAUAUAGUCUACA